AUGAACAGUGGUAACGUCGACUCUGGUAAGCUUUGUUUUUUCAAGAAAUUCAGAAAUUAUGUUAAAAAAUACUGAAAAUGAUGGGAAAAACACCGGGUUUCGGAGAGAGAAGGCAAGAAUGCGACUGGUUGAAAGUGUAUAACUGACACGCGCACAGGAACGACUCGCUAACAAGCUGAAAUUAGACAAAAUAUACCUCGGGUGCCGAGCGCAACAACAAACUGGCUACAGUUUUUGUGCUCAAAGAGCGAAAGACAUUUUAUUGAUUUUGUAAGAUGGACGACUGCCAGUAGACGUCUCAUGGUCGUCUCAUCGACGGCCACUGGUCGUCUCCCUGGUUCCGAGGAGCACUUUGCCAAAAAAUUUCAGCUAUCGAUAACGAAAGCUACAUGAUUGGAUAGAACUCGGCGAGCUGAUCAAGGUGCUGUCAUUUUCGGUGCUUGAGUUGUGAAAGAUAAGACAGAUAUGGCCGACGGAAGAUGGAAAGGCCCAGUUCCCAGUAGCCUUGUCAGAAAAGUUCGGAAUUUGAAAGUUAUUCAUACAUAUUCUGAUAGAUCUCGCCGAGCUGGUUCUGAUGGUGUCAUUUUCGCUACUGAUAUCGAACUGAUAAGCAGAGAUAUGCCUUCUCGCAAAUUAAGAGAUCAAGAGUCCCAAAGAGUGUCCCAAUAGUUAAACAUGCAUCAAUUUUCAAGACCGAACCCAUCCACUAAACACGUAUAACACACAGAAGCAGAAGCCUACGGCUUGCUAGUCUCAAUAUAAUAUUUGUUGUUAGUUCUAAACAAAGACGAAAUCACUUGUCACGUGGAAUUUGUGUAGUUGGACAUGCGCCCUAUCAAAAUAGGAUUGUUCCUUUCUGAGAACGGCGCCCUAGCCUUUUUUCGAUGCCGCUUCCUUUUAGACAUGAUCACGUUGUGUUUGUGUGUUUGUGUGUGUAUGUGUUGCGCAGAUCAAGUUUUCUCCUCUAGCCUUUCAGGCGCUGCAAGAUAGUCUUUAUCUUGUUCAAUCGCAGAAAUGUCACAGUUGAUAGAUUGAAACAUUCAUUAGUUUCCCACUUCUCCUGUCUGUUAACACUAUUUUCUCUAUUUUCAGAGUCGUCGGUGAUAUCUCCAAAAAGCCGCAACGUGAGAAUGUCGUCCUCCGGAGCCUCUGAAUCGGAGGUCGAGACUUGUGAUGAAAAUGUCGGACUGCUCGGGACCCAUGGGAAGAAGACUAAGCACGAGCGGAGCAGAAAUGAGCAAACGGCACCUCUUCACAGGUAAAUGCUGCGAGAAUGCAUCAUUUCAAGUCAAAUAAAGUUUCAGACCAUUGGGAAUCAACACGGAUGAUGCAACUGUCGAACUGGGAAGAAGACACGACUACCAAGAUCCGUACACUUCUGACGAUGACCUCUUACACACAGGUACGAAACAUUUCAAAUAGAGAACAGACGAGAGGGGCUAUUUUUGCAGGAAGUGAUGCGUACGGCUCGACGGUCGGAGCUACGAUUUCUUUGAAAUUCAACGAAGCAUGCCGUGCCAUCCACAAUGGUCAUUAUCCGGAGAGAAUCGCGCAGGGAUCCAGCGGAAGCUACUUUGUCAAGAAUAUGCACGACGUGAGUACAAAAAACUCUGUAGUUCCACUUCUGCUGUUUUUUCCAGGAGAUUAUCGCCGUUUUCAAACCGAAGAACGAGGAGCCCUACGGAUCGCUGAACCCAAAAUGGCUGAAAUGGCUGCAUCGCGUGUUCCUCCCCUGCUGCUUCGGACGUAGCUGCCUGCCUCCAAACCAGGUCAGUCAUUUUCUAUGUUUUUUGUGUUAUGUGCUGUUUUCCUAAUUGGACUCAUCUUUUCAGCUGGACUCGAAUAG